AUGUUGCGGAGGAUCGUCAGGUGUAUCGCGCUGGCAUGGCUGGCAAUCGUGGGAAGAGCUUUCGUAGGCGGAUGGGCCGGCGAGGCCAAGCAGCUUUCGAGAGUUCCUCGCGCUGGAGUAGAGGAGACGUACGCUGAAGGCCUUGGCUGCUUAAAGUCCGGGACGGACUUCAAGAGAGGGGUGCGCUGCCUGCAGGAGGCCGCCGAGGCGGGCUUCGCCGUGGCGGACACCGACCUUGGGACCCUCUUCGCCGAGGGCCAGUUCGGGGUGCAGCAAGACUACACGAUGGCCAACUACCACCUCGAACGCGGGGCGGAGGGCGGGGACAGCAGAGCCCAUUUCCACCUGGGCGUCUUCAAGCUCAGAGGGAAGAACGGCUUCCCGAUGGACAAAAAAGCGGCUGCCAGACACUUCAGAAUCGCCGGUGAGGCGGGAUGUCAGCCAGCGCUCAGAAAUCUCUCGCGGAUGUUUGCGACGGGUGAUGGGAUUCCCCAAGAUUCCAGAAUGGCUGUGCAGUGCCUCGUACGGGCAGCGGAGAAGAGCGACACGAUGCAGGAGACCACGAGAACCUCAGAUACCCAUGUCAAGCACCUGUCAGAUAUCCGAGGCUUGCUAUAG